AAGCGUUAUCAGAAUAUGUCAUCAUAGUGUGCAUAUAAAUCUGUGAUUACAAAUUGGGGUGGAUAAAUCAACUUAAAAUGUGUCUAUUACAUACAUUUUUAUUUCAUUAUUAUAAAAUUGAUGAUCAGAAAAGUCUUAUUUCUUGAUAUAUUUAAAGUGUGUAAUUUGAAUCUUCACCUUUGGAUAUCAUAAAACGUUUUUCUAAUAUGGGCAUUAUAAAGAAGCGCACAUCUUAUGAUUUAUGUUAAAUUUUCCUAACGUAUAAAAUAUAGUUAUUUUUUUUUGCAUCUUUAUAUAAAGUGUACAUAUACAUAUAUAUAUAUAUAUAUCUAUUCUGAGAAAAACAUAUUGGUUAUGUACUGUUAUCCUAUUUAAAUGUCAAAAAAACUGUAAUAUAUAGUAAUAUAUUUAUUGCAAUCAUAAUUUGAUUAUUUAUAUUAAGAGUAUUAAAGAGAUAUAAAAAAUGCUAUGGCUGAAUCAGUAGCACAAGUUGUGGAAGAAGAAUUGAAUGGAGAAACAGAAUCAGAAGCUAGUAGUAUUUAUCAAUGUGGUUCAGUGAUUUCAACUGUUCCAGAUCGUCAUGGUUUUCUUGGAGGUUCGCAAUAUAGUCCUGAAAGAAAAGUAACUAUACCGCCUGAUGUUAUAUUGAGAAGAGAGAGAAAAUGGAUAAGAAUGUUAAAUAAUUGGAGCCUUUUCAUGACUACUAAUUAUCGAAAAGUUAGAGAAAGAUGUAGGAAAGGAAUACCGCCUUCUGUAAGACUCAGAGCAUGGCUUAAUCUAUGCGGAGGACAAUUAUUAAUGAAUGAAAACCCUAAUUUAUAUCAAGAAUUAAUUAAGAGAAAUGGUGAUCCAAAGUAUAUUGAAGAUAUUAAAAAAGAUUUGCAUCGACAAUUUCCUCAUCAUGAAAUGUUUGUUGAAAAUGCACCUGGACAACAAGAGCUCUUUCAAGUAUUGAAAGCAUACUCUAUUUUGAAUGCAAAAGUUGGUUAUUGUCAAGCUCAAGCACCUAUCGCAGCAUUUUUAUUGAUGCAUAUGCCAGCGGUACAAGCAUUUUGGUGUCUUGUUGCUAUAUGUGACAAGUAUCUUGUUGGUUAUUACAGUCAAGGAAUGGAAACAUUAAUACGAGAUGGUGAUAUACUUUUCGCACUUCUGAAAAGAGUUUCACCUGUUGCUUAUAAACAUCUUAAAAAACAGAAGAUGGAACCUAUUUUAUACAUGACCGAGUGGUUUCUUUGUGUUUAUACUCGAACUUUACCAUGGGAAAGCAUUUUACGUGUUUGGGAUAUGUUUCUUUGCGAAGGAGUGAAAAUUAUUUUCAAAGUAGGAUUGGUGUUACUUAAAGGAUGUUUGGGUAGAUCAUCACUUACAAAACAAUGUCCAACAACAUAUGAAACUCUCCAAGUUUUAAGAAAUCCUCCACAGCACAUAGUAGAAGAGGAAGCUUUAGUAUAUCAGAUUCAAAGGCUAAAUUUAAGCGAAGAAGAUUUUGAAUACGAGCAUCAAAGACAGAUUCUUAAAAGAAAAAAUAAAGAUCAAGCAUCCCUCUCUAAUGCCAAUGGAAAUGGUUGAGAAGCAAAGAAUAAGUUUGAAUCCCAAAGUGUGCCUUCCCAAUUCUUUUUAUACUGUAAAAAAAUGUACAAUUAAACAUUUCAUAUACGUAAUG